UCAUGUGCGCUACGACUGCGACUGCGAGCGGUGCACAUCACUAAUGUUAAAUAACACAAGCCCGCACAAAUACUUGUUGUGGAAUUUAUUUUUUAUGCUGCGUAAAUUGAAUGUGAAAUGUGUGUAUAAACUAUCCAAAUGUUAAUAAACACGUGAGAAAAUGAUAACAUUCGGCGGUGGGAACAAUUCCACAGCGUUAGAAGAUACAGGGGAAGUGAGAAGUAUCUGCGAGAGUGUGUGCAGCGAUGGGUCCAGCGCGACCGUGCAGCCCGGGGGCUCCAAUCAGCGGCCUCGGAUGGAUAUAGCAUGUGUUUUGGAUGUAACCCAAACAUUGAAUCUUGCUCAUAGGAAAAGAGCUCUAGAAGAAGUUCGAUUGGCAUCUGAACUGGUCAAUGCCAAUUUGCAUCAUAUACAUUUUGAAAAGCUCGACUUCGGUGAGACAAAUGUGCUGGACACAUUCUACAAUGCUGACGUGGCACUGGUGGAUCUCAGCUUGCAGCUGCAGCAGAGUUCCUUGUUGUACCACCUGGGAGUACGGGAAAGCUUUGACAUGAAAGAAAAUGUACUGCUGUACAAUGAUGUUGAUGCGGACUCCACGUUGAGGCUUAAGUUAUCUCUUCCGAAUUUCCUGUUCGUAUCGUACAAAUUGACGGAUGCUGGGACUUGUGUGACCACCAACCCUGCUGCUACGAAGUUCAAGGGUGAGGACUCAGCUGAUCCCAAACAGCAUCUGACCUUGAGGUUGAGGAAUAUACUUCAAGAUGUCGAGGUGCAGACGAAAGCACAUCUUCAAGAGAAAUUCCUAUCAGACUUACGGAAAGCGCGCGAGACAUACACCGGUAUCGAACUUGCAAACAUGUUACACGCUAUGCGCAGACGCCUUGACGACCCAGCGGUCCUCUCAGGAGAUACCAUACUCAACAUGCUUAUAUCCUACCGUGAAAUACAGGAUUACGAUGCCAUAGUACAUGUGGUAGACGACCUCAAAACAAUAAUGAACAGAAAAAAUUACGUCAACAUGCCUAUAAUAAGGUUCAUGUACGCCUUUGCUAUGAAUCGUCGCAACAAAGAAGGGGACAGGGAGAAUGCUCUAAAAGUCUGCGUGAAAGCGUUAGAGAAGAAAGAGAAUAGAUUCCCUGAUAUGUUGUGCCUUUGUGGCCGUAUAUACAAGGAUAAAUUCGUCGAAUCUCAACACACAGAUAAGGAAAGCUUGGAUCAUGCUAUACAUUGGUACAGACAGGGUUUCGAAGUGCAGCCAAACGAAUAUGCGGGCAUUAAUUUGGCAACACUACUCGUUAUAGCUGGCAAUGAUUUUAAAAACUCACAGGAAUUACAACAUAUUGGAAUGGUAUUAAAUCAUCUAAUAGGCAAAAAAGGCAGUCUAUCAUCUCUCAAAGACUACUGGGACGUGGCUACCUUCUUCGAGAUAUCAGUACUAGCCCAAGACUAUGUGAAAGCGAUACAGGCAGCAGAAUGUAUGUUCAAACUUAAACCACCGAAUUGGUAUCUCAAGUCCACUAUUGGGAAUAUCGAAUUGAUUGAUAGAUUUAGGAAAAGUGAAGAUAUAUCACCAGAACAGCAAGUAUUUUCUUUCUGGAUGGAAUACUUCGUAGAGGCAACUAAGAGUGAAUGUGAAAAUAUUAUUAGGUUUCCCGUGUUAAUAUUAGAAACAACAAAAGAAUAUAUACCUUCCUACGUAAACGUGAACAUGGGUGCGGAACAGAAAUCCGUAGAAAUUCUCAACUUAUGCUUAGAGUCUAUGCGGGGACAGUGUCGACGAGUACAUCGCUGGCUGUUCACUUCCGAUAUGAUUAGGAGUUACAGUUUAUACAAACGCGAUGAGCGUUGCCUCUUUCUGUACGUGAGCGAGAACUCGGACGACUUUCAAAUCUUUCUGCCGUCUCAAGCCUGUCGGCAACGCUUGCACGAUCUGUUGGGAGAACUGACGGCCGACCAUGAAAAAGUCACAGAUUUAGAUACCAGUGUCAUGCAGGAUCAAUUAAAGUUCGAAUACGAGCUAGACGACAACAACAAACGCGUGGUCCUCGGCAAGGGUACGUACGGCGUAGUGUACGCCGCCCGGGACCUCAACACACAGGUCCGCAUCGCCGUCAAGGAGAUCCCCGAGCGCAACCUCGGCGACGUGCAGCCGCUGCACGAGGAGAUCCUGCUGCACUCGCAGCUGCGGCACAGGAACAUUGUGCAGUACUUAGGAUCAAUAUCAGAAGACAACUACUUCAAAAUCUUCAUGGAGCAAGUACCUGGAGGUUCUCUGUCCGCACUGCUUCGGUCCAAGUGGGGUCCGCUCAAGGAGAACGAAGCCACCAUAGCUUAUUAUACCAAACAAAUAUUAGAAGGAUUAAAAUACCUUCACGACCAAAAAAUCGUUCACCGCGACAUAAAAGGCGACAAUGUCUUAGUGAAUACAUACAGUGGAGUUGUAAAGAUAUCGGAUUUCGGUACUUCUAAGCGUUUAGCUGGGUUGUGCCCUUCGACUGAAACUUUCGCGGGAACAUUGCAGUAUAUGGCUCCUGAAGUUAUUGAUAAGGGACAAAGAGGGUAUGGAGCUCCGGCUGAUAUUUGGUCACUGGGUUGCACAGUGGUUGAAAUGGCGACGGGAAAUCCGCCGUUCAUUGAAUUAGGCUCACCUCAGGCAGCUGUUUUCAAGGUGGGUUACUACAAAAUGCACCCAGAGAUUCCAAGCGAGUUAUCAGCCAAAGCCAAGAACUUCAUACUGCGAUGUUUCAUACCGGAGCCAGAACAACGUGCAACCGCCGCCGAACUGUUAGAAGAUCCCUUCUUAUGCGACGUCCGGCGAUUCGUGCGUUCCGCUCAAUCGUCGCCCAUCAAGAAGAAAAAGCCUUCAAGUCGUCUGGGCAGUAAUAUGGAUUAUAGUCGGAGUAUUUCAGUGCCUGCGGACAAGGCCCGCCCAGUUACAGCUCAGAAGAAAAUUUCCGAAUCAAGCAUACCUUGUAAUCUGCCUAGCUCCCCAGAAAUCGAGGUGAAAACGAUCCGGUCUAAUCCAACAAUCACUAGGACUGCGUCGUCGAUGCUAUCACCAAUACUGAUAUACCCACCGGACUUGUCGAAUAGCAGUACUAUGCCCAACACGCCGUCUACUGAUGAAAUGGAGGGCAGCGAUACGCUUCUAAAUCGUAGAAGUUCAUCUGGUGGUCUGCUUUCUCCAGAGGUGGAUAUGCCAAACGCGCCUCGGUGUUCAAUAGACGGUCCCGAACACGAUGGCUUCUAUCUUCUAAAGAAGGACUCACAAAGAAGACUGACGCUGUCUCGAGUAUUGGAACAAGAUUCUGAAAAGAUUUGCUCCAAAUGGAUGCUCAGUAUACACCAGGACUUUGGCACUACUGUGCUUACAAUGACCCACCUCGAAAUGCUCCGCUGUGCCCUCAAAGAGUAUAUAAUGGAUCAAAACAGAAGCGUCAUAGAGCAAGCUAUUAUUACUCUUAAAGAAGAACUGGAUUUCGAUUCAAAUGCCAUUAAUGAGUUACAUUCAGCCAUCUACAUGUUUCAAGAGGCUGUGAAUGCUGUAUUGAGGAUGCAUAGCAUAAAACCUCAUUGGAUGUUCGCUUUGGAUAAUUUAGUUAGGAAUGCUGUUCAGGCUGCUAUUACUGUGUUGUCGCCAGAGCUAGGCGCCAACCUAGCGGGUCAGGAGGGUCGCCGCGGCGGCGCGGCGGCGGCGGACGCCACGCCCUCCGCGCUGUCCUCCGAGCACUGCGCGCGCGACGCGCAUGCGCUGCACGACCUGCGACACGAGAACCACAAAUUACACCAAGAACUGAUAGAAAGUUACCAGCAGAAUCAGAGUCUGCUGCGACAGAUGUUAGAAGACCAGAAAGCGCACAUGAUGUUACUUAAAGAAAUUGUCGAAAAGAAGUCUCGCAGUGUGACUCCAGAAGUAUUCUCCAGCCAAAGCGAGUUAGACGGUGACGUGACAGACGGGGUCGACGAGACCGAGGCGACAAAACUACGUGAGUGGGUGGCCGCGAGAGGGUUGCCCACUGUCGUCGCUAACGCCUUGUUGCGGCAUUGCUAUGUGUUACCUGAUCUGUUGAUGCAUGCUCAAAGGGAGGAUGUCGCGAGAUUGAAUUUGAAAGGUGGCAUUGAACUCCGACUAUGGCGGGCCAUCCAAGAGCACCGCUUACACAACUCCACCCACCUCCGUCGCACGAGCAGCACAGAAACCGACAUAGACACGAAUUCCAUCGUCGUAGUCGACUGCCAACGCUGCAAAGCGAACCGUAGAACUCUCUCGAACAACUCAACUUGUUCUAACAACCCUACCAUAGUAAUAAGAGACCAGGUGAACGGAGACGAAACCGUUGCCGAGUACUAUGGCGAAAAUGGGGUCGUCAACCUUUGACUACUGCGCGGAUGGUGCACUCUGCAAUAAGGUCUCUUUUGUAACGGCCAGGGGGUGUCAAUCUUUGGUACUACAUAAUGUAGUUUGGUGUUUUCAUAGAUAUAGAAUCCUACUAGCGUUUGGUAAAUCGGCAAUGAGGGACAGAUAACUGUGUAUGUGGUAUGGGCCCUAAAAAUUGAUGCUGUAGACGCGGCUCCAUUAGUAUCAAACUCAAAUUUUGUCCAAAAUAUUCUAUGUUGUAACAUAGAAUAUCGCGGAUAAAAUUUAAUCUAUGAUCAAAAUCUAGAAACGCUAAAAAUUCAAAUUUUUAAGUUGAGGAAAGCAGCACGUAUUUAAUCACACAUGAAAAAGUCACUGAACUAAUGUAUUUAAUUUUUAGUUUCUCUGAUAAUCACUCGUUUGCCGAUCUAUCUACUAUUCUGUCUAUGUGUAAUACAAUGUAGUUUGUUGUUUCAGUUUGUAGUUAAAUUGUGCUCAAUACUGAAUAGCAAUACCAUUGACUACUUGGUCGUAUUGUAUUGGUAAAGUGAUAAGCAAUUUUGAGACAAUACCUUACCAUUAAAUUCUGCAUAUUUUGUUUGUCUGUGUAAAAGAAAUUCGAAUGAAAGAACGUCACAAAUGUCGAAAUUGUAUCGUCAUAACAUUAGUGUGCUGUAGCAAUAAUAAAAAUUAACACAAGUAGUUUUGGAAUAUUAUAGUUGUUUACAUGUUCAAAUUGCUGUUGCUAAUAAAAAAAAUGUAAUAACACCGCUUGAGGCCUAGAGUGUGUCAUCCGAAUAACAACCAUGUAAAUAUAGCUUCGUAUUUAUUAAUAUAUUGUUACUAGUCUCUGUAAAUAAUUAUAAUUUUCUUGUUGUUAAGCAUAAUAAUAAGGUACCGCUGAACGGAAAUUAAUUUUCGUAGUUUUGCACAAAACAUCGCUUGAAUGGUGCUACCGCGUUGUGAGUCGUUUAGUAACAAGUGCCUUCAAUAUGUUAUUAAAUGAAAAAAGUUAUGCAUAUUAUAAAUAUGUAAUUUAAAUAAUGACCGUCACUAAAUAGAAGAGUUUCUAUAUAGAACUGUAGCUUUUUGGAGUGAUAAUUUCCCGGGAUAUUCUAUCGUGAAUUCAUCACAUAAAAGAAUGGACUAGUGAUGUCCAAUUAUCGAAACUUUGACUAACGCUGAUCCUUUUGUGUAAUUAUCACACUAUGUUUAAUAUGGUUGAUAGUGGAACAUGAAACGACAGCACAAAAUCAUAGUCGAUAAUUUGCACUAACAGCACUAUAAAUCAAAAUAUUGGAAGACAUCUAGAUGAAAUGUUUCAUGGAAGGUAAGUGACUUGUCGGUCUCAAUCUUUUGACAUUUUAAAUUGUUCUUCACCACCUGAAACAAUUCUCUUAUAGCAAUUCACUUACAAGCAUUGCUUGAUAUUGCCCCACAUUAAAUCGAGUAUACAACACUAUAAGAUAUACAAAAAAUAUAUAUUUAUCCUAAGAAGCUAUGUAACUUUUGAGUGCCAUACGUACAUAUUUUCUUAUAUAAUAAAACUGUAUAUUUUCUUAAGAAUAAUGUUUACUGUUAUUUACUAAAGAUUUUAUUAAAAACGUAUCAAUAAUCAACGUGAUCUGAAAAAGCUUAAAUAUAAUAAUAAUAAUUCAGAAUUAUUAAUUAUCGCUAGUAUUACUAAGAUAUUGGGUCGGAGUUACGUAACUGAUUAAACGUAAAUAAUGUAAGUCGCAAUGACUUCUAUAACCAAAUAAUAAUAUUCAAUGUUUAUUGUCUGUUUUUGAGGGCUAGAAGCUAAUAUAAAUGUUACUACUGUUAAUAAAAAUAACUGUAAAGCUUCGGUUGUAUACAUGGUAAACAUUUGUAUAGUAACAAUUGCUCAACAGUUUUGAUGAGCAAUGAGAAUGUUGCGUCGGGCAAUGUUGCCAGCAACUCAGCAAUUUGUUGAUGCAAUUUUGAGUAUAAACAAAAGUUUACCAUCGAUACUGGAGUUCGAUUUUCUAAUAUUUUGGAAACCACAAUAUUUCACGUUGUGAACUAUUAAUCAAGAACCGAUUUAAUAGUAAUUGUAUUUAAAAAGUUCUAGCUCUUCGAAAACUCAAACUAAUGAUCUAUUAUCCUGCUCACAGUAUGCCAUACGCUAACGCAUAUUGUAUAGCGAUUAACAAUACUCAGUAAUACUGUUGUGAAGUACAAAUACAAUACCUUAUAGAAAUAGAUUACAUCUGUAGUUUCAUAGGUGCAGCCAUACUGUGCUCGAUAUAUCGAUAAUCAAUCGAUAAGGUUGAAUGUAUCGAUUAAAUUGUUCCGUAAAUUUUCUCACGUAGGUAAAUAUGAUCGAUUUUUCUCGAACUACUGCAGUGUAGUUGCACCUUUACAAACAAAACCUACGCUUGGGCUAAACCCCAAUAAUUAUGAAUUGUUCUUAGAUUUACUUUUAGUAAUAAGUGUUAUUAAAACGUCUCGCGUUAAUUUGAGCUAAAUAGUAGAAAAACUACUAAAAUUAUAGCUUUAAUUUAAUAUCAUUAAAACUAGGCGUAGAAUUGUUUUGUUUGGUAAUUCGCAGAUUAUUUUUUAUAUUAUAUACCUACAUACUUAUUAAUUAUGUAAGUUAUCAAGUGUAUGCCACUUAUAAAAUUGUUAAAUGAUUCUAUUUUUGAAGUACUUCGGUAUUUAUGAUGCCGUUAUCAUAUUAGGAUAGGAUCCUAAUAUGGCUUAAAUUCUUCCAAAACACUGAUUAAAAAAUGUAUCCAGUAAGAAAAUUGUUGGCUUUGAGAAAUAAACAUAUAUUUACAAUAUUAUAAAUAUCAUCACACGUAUUCGCUUUAUUGAUACUGAAUUCAUAAAACGAGUAUAUAUAUACAUUUAAUAUUUAUAUUAAAUCAGUUUUUUUUUUAUAGGACUCUUUAAUCUCAGUUUUGGACCUCGAACAUAAAGAUACUGACGAGGUAUUUAUUAUAUUAUUGUAUAAGAUUUCUUAGAAUUUAUAUUUAUUUAUCUACCUUUAUAUGUUUGCGAAAUAAUUUCUUCUACGAAAUAUUUGCGUUACCUUUCUUUCAAACAACAAUUUGACGUAAAAACAGUCUGUAGGUAUAAUGAAUAUCGAUUCAUCACCUUGAUUAACUAAUUACCUAUUGCUAGGUAACAUCUGCCCAUAUUAUAUAAUAUGAUUUCUUUGAGUAGCUAAUUAAUAAAUGAUUAAUUAUGAAA